GGCUCUUGCCUGGGGUUCUCAGGAGGGGAGAGUUGGGAGAGGCUUUGCUGCUGAGAAAAUUUAUUGAUAGAUUGAAGGUUUGAACAAGAGCUACAGAAGCGAAAGAGAAAAACCUACACAAGCCAAUGGUGUUCGGAAAGAAAAUAACUCCAUUGCCUUGAGUUUGUAGGUGCCACUACUGCUCCGAGAAAAUGGCAGACGAUGAAGAAUAUGAGGAGGUGGUGGAGUACUACACAGAGGAGAUUGUCUAUGAAGAGGUGCCGGGUGAGACAAUAACAGAAAUCUAUGAAACUACAAGGACAACUGACUAUGAGCCAUCAAAACCUUCCAAACCAGCGCUGGCCCAGCCAGAACCGGCAAAGCCGGGGGAGAGGAAGAAGGUUAUCAGGAAGAAAGUGGACUCUUCAAAGUUCAUGACCCCCUACAUUGCACACAGUCAAAAAAUGCAGGCUCUCUUUAGCACAAAUAAAUACAAGGAGAACUAUGAGAAAGCAAAAGGACAGCCAUCUACCAUCACAGCCGAUACCCCAGAACUUCGCAGAAUCAAGAAAGCACAAGAUCAACUUAGUGAGGUUAAGUAUCGAAUGGAUGGCAAUGUCGCUAAAACAAUCUGUCACGUAGAUGAAAAAGCAAAAGACGUUGAACAUGCAAAGAAAGUGUCGCAGCAAGUCAGUAAGGUUUUAUACAAGCAGAACUGGGAAGACACCAAGGAUAAGUACCUGCUUCCCCCUGAUGCCCCUGAACUUGUCCACGCCGUUAAGAACACAGCCUUGUUCAGUAAGAAACUGUACACUGAAGACUGGGAAGCAGACAAAAGUCUGUUUUACCCAUAUAAUGACAGCCCGGAGCUGAGGAGAGUUGCCCAAGCCCAGAAAGCUCUUAGUGAUAUUGCCUACAAAAAAGGUCUUGCUGAACAGCAAGCCAAAUUCACACCUCUACCAGAUCCUCCAGAUAUAGAAUUUGCCAAGAAAGUGACUAAUCAAGUGAGCAAGCAAAAAUACAAACAAGACUAUGAAAAUAAAAUCAAAGGCAAAUGGAGUGAGACACCUUGCUUUGAAAUUGCAACCGCCAGGAUGAAUGCUAAUAACAUCAGCACAAGGAAAUACCAACAAGACUUUGAGAAUAUGAAAGACCAGAUCUACUUCAUGCAGACCGAAACACCACAAUACAAAGUGAAUAAACAAGCUGGGCUGGCAGCUAGCAAGAUAAAAUACACAGAAGACUAUGAAAAGAAUAAGUCAAAAGCAGAUUAUAAUGUGCUUCCUGCUUCAGAGAACCCACUGCUCAAGCAGCUGAUGAAAGCAGGAAAUACCCUAAGUGACAAAUUGUACAAGGAGAACUAUGAGAAGACAAAGGCAAAGAGCAUAAAUUACUGCGAGACUCCCAAAUUUCAGCUUGACUCGGUUCUGCACAAAUUCAGCAGUGAUAAAAACUACAAAGAUUCCUAUUUAAAGAAUAUUUUGGGACAUUAUGUAGGCAGCUUUGAGGAUCCACAUUAUACACACUGCAUGAAAGUCACAGCUCAAAACAGUGACAAAAACUACAAAGCAGAAUAUGAAGAGGACAGAGGCAAAGGCUUUUUCCCCCAUACCAUAACUCAAGAAUAUGAAACCAUCAAGAAACUGAAUCAGUGUAAAGAUCACACCUAUAAAGUCCAACCAGAUAAGACAAAAUUCACUCAAGUAACUGACUCGCCUGUUCUGGUGCAAGCCCAAGUUAAUUCCAAACAACUGAGUGACCUAAAUUACAAAGCGAAACAUGAAAGUGAAAAGUUUAAGUGUCACAUACCUCCAGAUACUCCUGCCUUAAUCCAGCACAAAGUCAAUGCUUAUAACCUCAGUGAUAACAUUUAUAAGUACGACUGGGAGAAGAGCAAAGCUAAGAAGUUUGACAUUAAAGUGGAUGCCAUUCCCCUGCUGGCAGCCAAAGCCAACAGCAAGAAUGCUAGUGAUGUGAUGUACAAGAAAGACUAUGAAAAAAACAAAGGGAAAAUGAUUGGAGCCCUCAGCGUUAAUGAUGACCCUAAGAUGCUACACUCUAUGAAGGCAGCCAAAAUGCAGAGUGAUAGAUUGUACAAGGAAAACUAUGAGAAAUCAAAGGCAAGAAGUGUGAAUUACUGCGAGACCCCGAAAUAUCAGCUUGAUACUCUGCUGAAGAAAUUCAGUGAGACUAGAUAUAAAGAUGCAUAUGUACAGAAUGUUUUGGGACAUUAUAUUGGCAGCUUUGAGGACCCCUAUGAAGUACACUGCAUGAAAGUUUCAGCUCAAAACAGUGACAAAAAUUACAAAGCAGAAUAUGAAGAAGAUAAGGGGAAGUGCUAUUUCCCUCAGACAAUAACGCAAGAGUAUGAAGCAAUCAAGAAGCUAGACCAGUGUAAAGAUCAUACCUACAAAGUUCCUCCAGACAAGACCAAAUUCACGGCUGUCACCGAUACUCCUGUACUGUUGCAAGCCCAGCUCAACAUGAAACAACUCAGCGAUCUGAACUACAAAGCAAAACACGAAAGUGAGAAGUUCAAGUGCAACGUACCAGCAGAUGCUCCACAGUUUAUCCAACACAGAGUCAAUGCCUAUAACCUGAGCGAUAACAUUUAUAAGUACGACUGGGAGAAGAGCAAAGCUAAGAAGUUUGACAUUAAAGUGGAUGCCAUUCCCCUGCUGGCAGCCAAAGCCAACAGCAAGAAUGCUAGUGAUGUGAUGUACAAGAAAGACUAUGAAAAAAACAAAGGGAAAAUGAUUGGAGCCCUCAGCAUUAAUGAUGAUCCCAAGAUGCUACACUCUAUGAAGACAGCCAAAAUGCAGAGUGAUCGUGAAUAUCGUAAAGCCUAUGAAAAGUCAAAAACUGUCUACACAGCACCUCUUGAUAUGCUCCCAGUCACUCAAGCUAAGAAAUCCCAGGCAAUUGUCAGUGACAUCGACUAUAAGCGCCUCAUACACACUUACAGUUACCCGCCCGAUAGCAUCAACGUGGAACUCGCCAAGAAGGCUUAUGCACUGCAGAGCGAUGUCGAUUACAAAGCUGACUACAACAGCUGGAUGAAAGGCUGUGGCUGGGUGCCUUUUGGGUCCUUAGAAAUGGAAAAGGCAAAGCGAGCUUCAGACAUUCUCAAUGAGAAAAAAUAUCGCCAACAUCCAGACACUCUCAAGUUUACCUCGAUUGAAGAUGCUCCGAUUAUAGUACAGUCUAAAAUUAACCAGGCCCAGCAGAGUGAUAUUGCCUACAAAGCCAAAGGAGAGAAAAUGAUUCACAAGUACAGCCUGCCAGCUGACCUGCCCCAGUUCAUUCAGGCUAAAGUCAAUGCCUACAACAUCAGUGAGAAUAUGUACAAAGCAGAUUUGAAAGAUUUGAGCAAAAAGGGAUAUGACCUGAGAACCGAUGCGAUUCCCAUCAAAGCUGCCAAAGCGGCCAGGCAGGCGGCGAGUGAUGUUCAGUACAAAAAAGAUUAUGAAAAAGCCAAAGGGAAAAUGGUUGGCUUCCGAAAUCUCCAAGAUGAUCCUAAACUGGUUCAUUACAUGAAUGUAGCCAAGAUACAAUCGGACCGAGAGUAUAAAAAAGACUAUGAGAAGACAAAGACAAAAUACAACACGCCCCAUGAUAUGUUCAAUGUUGUGGCAGCUAAGAAAGCUCAGGAUAUUGUCAGCAACACCAACUAUAAGCAUUUGCUGCAUCAUUACACCUACCUGCCUGAUGCCAUGGACCUGGAAUUGUCUAAGAACAUGAUGCACAUACAGAGCGAUAAUGUCUACAAGGAAGACUUCAACAACUGGAUGAAGGGUAUUGGCUGGGUACCUAUUGGGAGUCUGGAUGUAGAAAAAGUUAAGAAAGCGGGUGAUGCUCUGAGUGAAAAGAAGUACAGGCAACAUCCAGACACUCUCAAAUUUACCAGCAUCGUGGACUCACCAGUGAUGGUCCAGGCAAAACAGAACACACAGCAAACCAGUGAUAGAUUAUACAAAGCUAAAGGAGAAGAUGUGAAACAUAAAUACACUAUAAGCCCUGAUCUUCCUCAGUUUCUCCAGGCCAAGUGCAAUGCUUACAACAUAAGUGAUGUCUGUUAUAAACGGGACUGGCAUGAUUUAAUAGCCAAAGGCAACAAUGUGCUGGCGGACGCUAUUCCCAUCACUGCAGCCAAAGCAUCAAGAAACAUUGCCAGUGACUAUAAAUACAAGGAAUCUUAUGAAAAGUCAAAGGGAAAGCAUGUGGGUUUUAGAAGCCUCCAAGAUGAUCCCAAGCUGGUCCACUACAUGAAUGUGGCAAAGCUGCAGUCUGACCGUGAAUACAGGAAAAACUAUGAGAAGACCAAAACCAGCUACCACACCCCUGGAGACAUGGUUAGCAUCACAGCUGCACGGAUGGCUCAGGAUGUUGCCACCAACGUCAACUACAAACAACCGACGCAUCACUACACGUACCUACCUGAUGCCAUGAAUGUCCAGCACACCAAGAACGCGAAUCAAAUUCAGAGUGAAAAUGUAUAUAAAGAUGAGUACAACACCUUCUUCAAAGGCAUUGGAUGGAUUCCUAUUGGUUCUCUGGAUGUUGAGAAGGCCAAGAAAGCAGGUGAUGCAAUAAGUGAGAGGAAGUAUCGACAGCACCCAGAUACCAUCAAGUUCACAAGUGUGUCUGAUUCCAUGGGCAUGGUUUUGGCUCAGCACAACACAAAGCAGCUGAGUGAUUUGAACUACAAGGUGGAGGGGGAGAAACUGAAGCACAAGUACACUAUAGACUCUGAAUUGCCUCAGUUUAUUCAAGCCAAGGUCAACGCCCUCAACAUGAGUGAUGCUUAUUAUAAAGCAGACUGGAAGAAAACCCUUGCUAAGGGCUAUGAUUUGAGAACAGAUGCCAUUCCAAUUGUUGCUGCAAAAAGUUCGAGGAAUAUUGCAAGUGAUUUCAAAUAUAAACAGGCCUACGAGAAAGCCAAAGGCAAACAGAUUGGAUUCCGCAGUCUUCAGGAUGAUCCUAAACUGGUGCACUACAUGAACGUAGCCAAAAUACAGUCAGAUCGGGAGUACAAAAAGGGCUAUGAAGCCAGCAAGACCAAGUACCACACACCAUUAGAUAUGUUCAGUGUGACAGCGGCCAAGAAAUCUCAGGAGGUUGCUACCAACAUGAACUACAAACAACCCUUCCACAGCUACACUCUGCUGCCCGAUGCCUUGCCUAUAGAGCACUCCAGGAAUGCAAUGCAGAUUCAAAGUGAUAAUCUAUACAAAUCCGACUUCACCGGCUGGAUGAAAGGGAUCGGCUGGGUCCCAAUAGAGUCGCUGGAAGUGGAGAAAGCAAAGAAAGCAGGAGAGAUUCUUAGUGAGAAGAAGUAUCGCCAGCACCCCGAGAAGCUGAAGUUCACGUACUCCAUGGACACAAUGGAGCAAGAACUUAACAAAAGUAACAAACUGACUAUGGAUAAGAAGCGCUACAUUGAAAAAUGGAACAAAGACAAGACCACCAUUCAUGUGAUGCCUGAUACACCAGACAUUUUACUCUCCAAAGCAAACCAAAUCACCAUGAGUGAUAAACUGUACAAAGCUGGCUGGGAAGAAGAAAAGAAGAAAGGAUAUGACCUGAGGCCAGAUGCCAUCCCAAUCAAGGCUGCAAGAGCCUCUAGAGACAUUGCCAGUGAUUUCAAAUACAAGCAAGCCUAUGAAAAAAGCAGAGGGAAACACAUCGGCUUUCGGAGUCUAGAGGACGACCCCAAGUUGGUGCACUUCAUGCAGGUGGCCAAGAUGCAGUCAGACCGGGAAUACAAGAAGGGCUAUGAGAAGUCCAAGACGUCCUUCCACACCCCAGUGGACAUGUUCAGUGUGGUGGCAGCCAAGAAGUCUCAGGAAGUAGCCUCCAACACCAACUACAGGAAUGUGAUUCAUACCUACAACAUGCUUACCGAUGCCAUGAGCUUUGAAUUGGCCAAAAACAUGAUGCAGAUUCAAAGUGAUAAUCAGUACAAAGCUGACUUUGAUGACUUCAUAAAGGGCGUUGGAUGGCUCUCUAUGGGCUCCCUGGAGGCUGAGAAAAACAAGAAAGCCAUGGAGAUUAUCAGUGAAAAGAAGUACCGCCAACACCCAGACACUUUGAAGUAUUCCACACUGAUGGACUCAAUGAACAUGGUUUUGGCCCAGAAUAAUGCAAAAAUUAUGAAUGAACGCCUCUACAAAGAAGCAUGGGAGGCUGACAAGACCAAGGUCCACAUCAUGCCUGACAUCCCCCAGAUUGUUCUGGCAAAGACAAAUGCAAUUAACAUGAGUGAUAAACUCUACAAACUUUCUUUGGAAGAGUCGAAAAAGAAAGGCUACGAUCUCAGAACGGAUGCAAUUCCUAUCAAAGCUGCCAAGGCCUCAAGAGAUAUUGCAAGUGAUUAUAAAUACAAAUACAAUUAUGAAAAAGAGAAGGGGAAAAUGGUUGGUUUCCGCAGUCUUGAGGAUGAUCCCAAAUUAGUCAAUUCCAUGAAAGUGGCUAAGAUGCAAUCCGAUCGGGAGUAUAAGAAAAACUAUGAGAAGACAAAGACCAACUACCACACCCCUGCCGACAUGCUCAGUGUCACGGCCGCCAAGGAUGCCCAAGCCAACAUCACCAACACCAACUACAAGCACCUGAUUCACAAGUACAUCCUCCUUCCAGAUGCCAUGAACAUCCAGCUGAGCAAGACUAUGAAUCAGAUACAGAGUGAUAAUGAAUACAAACAGGACUACAACGAAUGGUACAAAGGGCUUGGCUGGAGUCCAGCUGGUUCCCUAGAAGUGGAGAAAGCCAAGAAAGCAACCGAAUAUGCCAGUGAUCAGAAAUACCGCCAGCACCCUAGCAACUUCCAGUUUAAGAAGCUGACUGACUCCAUGGACAUGGUUCUUGCCAAGCAGAAUGCACAAACAAUGAACAAGCACUUAUACACUGUUGAUUGGAACAAAGACAAAACCAAGAUUCAUGUGAUGCCCGAUACACCAGAUAUUUUACAAGCCAAGCAGAAUCAAGCACAGUACAGUCAGAAACUCUAUAAACUUGGAUGGGAAGAAGCUUUGAAGAAAGGUUAUGAUCUCCCUGUUGAUGCAAUUUCUGUACAGUUGGCCAAAGCUUCAAGAGACAUUGUUAGCGAUUACAAGUACAAGGAAGGUUUUCGCAAGCAACUUGGCCACCACAUUGGAGCCCGGAACAUCAAAGAUGACCCCAAGAUGUUGUGGUCCAUGCAUGUGGCCAAGAUCCAGAGUGACAGGGAGUACAAGAAGGACUUUGAGAAGUGGAAGACCAAGUACAUCAGCCCAGUGGACAUGCUGGGGGUGGUCCUGGCCAAGAAGUGCCAGAGCUUGGUCAGUGACGUGGACUAUAAGAACUACCUGCACGAGUGGACCUGCCUGCCUGACCAGAAUGACGUCAUCCACGCUCGGCAGGCCUAUGAACUGCAGAGUGAUAAUUUGUACAAGGCUGACCUUCAGUGGCUAAAAGGCAUUGGCUGGUUACCUAGUGGUUCUCUGGAGGCUGAGAAGAACAAGAGAGCUAUGCAGAUUUUGAGUGACCAUGUUUACCGUCAACAACCAGAUCAAUUCAAAUUUUCCAGCCUUAUGGACUCCAUCCCAAUGGUUUUGGCAAAAAACAAUGCUAUUACCAUGAACCAUCGCCUCUAUACAGAAGCUUGGGAUAAAGAUAAAACCAGUGUCCACAUUAUGCCAGACACCCCUGAAGUUUUACUAGCUAAACAAAACAAAAUAAAUUAUAGUGAGAAACUAUAUAAACUUGGCCUAGAAGAAGCCAAGAGGAAAGGCUAUGAUAUGCGGCUGGAUGCCAUUCCCAUCAGGGCAGCCAAGGCCUCCAGAGACAUUGCAAGUGAAUUUAAAUACAAACAAGGUUACCGCAAGCAACUUGGCCACCAUAUUGGAUUCCGGAGUCUGCAAGAUGAUCCAAAGCUUGUGUUGUCCAUGAAUGUAGCCAAAAUGCAGAGUGAAAGAGAAUAUAAGAAGGACUUUGAGAAGUGGAAGACCAAGUACAGCAGCCCAGUGGACAUGUUGGGGGUGGUCCUGGCCAAGAAGUGCCAGAGCUUGGUCAGUGACGUGGACUACAAGAACUACCUGCACGAGUGGACAUGCCUGCCUGACCAGAACGAUGUUAUUCAAGCUAAAAAAGUUUAUGAAAUACAGAGCGAGAACCUGUAUAAAGCUGACCUUGAGUGGCUGAGAGGCAUAGGAUGGAGCCCUCUGGGCUCUUUGGAGGCAGAAAAGAACAAGCGGGCAUCAGAAAUCAUCAGUGAGAAGAAAUAUCGUCAGCCUCCAGACAAAAACAAGUUCACCAGCAUUGCUGAUGCCAUGGACGUAGUCCUGGCAAAGGCAAAUGCCAAAAAUAGGAGUGAUAGACUCUAUAGAGAAGCUUGGGACAAGGACAAGACUCAAGUCCACAUCAUGCCGGAUACGCCUGACAUUAUUCUGGCUAAAGCAAACUUAAUCAACACAAGUGAUAAACUCUACCGAAUGGGUUAUGAAGAGAUGAAGAAGAAAGGCUAUGAUCUUCCCCUUGAUGCCAUACCGAUCAAAGCAGCAAAAGCCUCUCGAGACAUUGCCAGCGAAUACAAGUACAAGGAAGGUUUUCGCAAGCAACUUGGCCACCACAUUGGAGCCCGGAACAUCAAAGAUGACCCCAAGAUGUUGUGGUCCAUGCAUGUGGCCAAGAUCCAGAGUGACAGGGAGUAUAAGAAGGACUUUGAGAAGUGGAAGACCAAGUACAUCAGCCCAGUGGACAUGCUGGGGGUGGUCCUGGCCAAGAAGUGCCAGAGCUUGGUCAGUGACGUGGACUAUAAGAACUACCUGCACGAAUUAUCAGAAAGUAUUUCUAAAUGUCUGCACUAUUCUGAACUGAUUACUUCACUUGAAGAAGAUGUUUAUAAAAUACUUAACCGUUUAUACACAGAAGCCUGGGACAAAGACAAGACUCAGAUCCACAUCAUGCCAGACACACCAGAAAUUACAUUGGCAAGAAUGAACAAAAUCAACUAUAGUGAGAGUCUGUAUAAACUCGCCAAUGAAGAAUCAAAGAAGAAAGGCUACGACUUGCGAAGCGACGCCAUCCCAAUCGUGGCAGCCAAGGCCUCCAGGGACAUCGCCAGUGAUUACAAAUACAAAGAUGGUUACCGCAAGCAGCUUGGCCACCACAUUGGAGCCCGGAACAUUAAGGAUGACCCUAAGAUGAUGUGGUCCAUGCACAUGGCCAAGAUCCAGAGUGACAGGGAGUAUAAGAAGGACUUUGAGAAGUGGAAGACCAAGUACAGCAGCCCAGUGGACAUGCUGGGGGUGGUCCUGGCCAAGAAGUGCCAGAGCUUGGUCAGUGAUGUGGACUAUAAGAACUACCUGCAUGAGUGGACCUGCCUGCCCGACCAGAACGACGUCAUCCACGCUCGGCAGGCCUAUGAACUGCAGAGCGAUAACAUGUAUAAAGCUGAUCUCCAGUGGAUGAAAGGCAUUGGCUGGGUCCCCAUUGGCUCUCUGGAUGUGGUCAAGUGCCAGAGAGCCACAGAGAUACUGAGUGACAACCUGUACCGCCAGCCUCCAGACAAGCUGAAAUUUACCAGUGUGACUGAUUCCCUGGAGCAGGUGCUGGCCAAGAACAAUGCCAUCAUCAGGAACAAGCGUUUAUACACAGAGGCCUGGGACAAAGACAAGACUCAAAUUCAUGUAAUGCCCGACACCCCGGAGAUCCUGUUGGCAAAGCAGAAUAAACUCAACUACAGUGAGACUUUGUAUAAACUCGCCAAUGAAGAAGCAAAGAAGAAAGGCUAUGACUUGCGAAGCGAUGCCAUCCCAAUUGUGGCAGCCAAGGCCUCCAGGGACAUCGUCAGUGAUUAUAAAUACAAAGAUGGUUACCGUAAGCAGCUCGGCCACCACAUUGGAGCCCGGAACAUUAAGGAUGACCCUAAGAUGAUGUGGUCCAUGCAUGUGGCCAAGAUCCAGAGUGACAGGGAGUAUAAGAAAGACUUUGAGAAGUGGAAGACCAAGUACAGCAGCCCAGUGGACAUGCUGGGGGUGGUCCUGGCCAAGAAGUGCCAGAGCUUGGUCAGUGACGUGGACUAUAAGAACUACCUGCACGAGUGGACCUGCCUGCCCGACCAGAAUGACGUCAUCCAUGCUCGGCAGGCCUAUGAACUGCAGAGCGAUAACAUGUAUAAAGCUGAUCUCCAGUGGAUGAAAGGCAUUGGCUGGGUCCCCAUUGGCUCUCUGGAUGUGGUCAAGUGCCAGAGAGCCACAGAGAUACUGAGUGACAACCUGUACCGCCAGCCUCCAGACAAGCUGAAAUUUACCAGUGUGACUGAUUCCCUGGAGCAGGUGCUGGCCAAGAACAAUGCCAUCACCAUGAACAAGCGCUUAUACACAGAAGCCUGGGACAAAGACAAGACCCAAAUCCAUAUCAUGCCUGAUACACCUGAAAUUACGUUAGCAAGACAAAAUAAAAUAAAUUACAGUGAGAGUCUCUAUCGCCAGGCCAUGGAGGAAGCCAAGAAAGAAGGCUAUGACCUGAGAAGCGACGCCAUUUCCAUUGUGGCUGCCAAGGCCUCCAGGGACAUUGCCAGUGAUUACAAAUACAAAGAAGCCUACCGUAAGCAGUUGGGCCACCACAUUGGCGCCCGAGCAAUCCAUGAUGACCCCAAGAUGAUGUGGUCCCUCCACAUCGCCAAAGUGCAGAGCGACCGCGAGUACAAGAAAGAAUUUGAGAAAUACAAGACCAGAUACACCAGCCCAGUGGACAUGCUUGGUAUCGUUUUGGCCAAGAAAUGUCAGGCUUUGGUUAGUGACGUGGACUAUAAGCAUCUUCUGCAUGAGUGGACGUGCCUGCCCGACCAGAAUGAUAUCAUUCAUGCUCGGCAAGCGUAUGACCUCCAGAGUGAUAAUUUGUAUAAGGCAGACCUUGAAUGGAUGAAAGGCAUUGGCUGGGUUCCGAUUGGCUCCUUGGAAGUUAUUAAAGCCAAGCGGGCCACAGAGAUACUGAGUGAUAAUAUCUACCGUCAGCGUCCAGAUGCACUGAAAUUUACCAGCAUAACUGACACCCCUGAGCAGGUGCUGGCAAAGAGCAAUGCUAUAAACAUGAAUAAGCGCUUAUAUACUGAAGCCUGGGACAAGGAUAAGAAAACAAUCCAUGUCAUGCCUGACACACCAGAAAUCAUGCUAGCCAAACUCAACCGAAUAAACUACAGUGAUAAACUCUAUAAACUUGCUUUGGAAGAGUCCAAGAAGGAAGGCUAUGACUUGCGUUUGGAUGCCAUUCCAAUCAAAGCUGCCAAGGCUUCAAGAGAAAUUGCUAGUGAUUACAAAUAUAAGGAAGGCUACCGGAAACAGCUCGGCCACCACAUUGGGGCCCGAAACAUUAAGGAUGACCCCAAAAUGAUGUGGUCCAUGCACGUGGCCAAGAUCCAGAGUGACAGGGAGUAUAAGAAGGACUUUGAGAAGUCGAAGACCAAGUACAGCAGCCCAGUGGACAUGCUGGGGGUGGUGCUGGCCAAGAAGUGCCAGAUCCUUGUAAGCGACAUAGACUACAAGCAUCCCCUUCAUGAAUGGACCUGUCUGCCUGAUCAGAAUGACGUCAUUCAAGCUCGGAAGGCUUAUGACCUUCAGAGUGAUGCUAUUUACAAGGCUGAUCUUGAGUGGAUGAGAGGCAUUGGAUGGGUGCCCAUUGGCUCUGUCGAGGUUGAGAAGGUGAAGAGAGCUGGAGAAAUCCUGAGUGACAGGAUAUACCGCCAGCCUGCAGACCAGCUCAAAUUCACAUGCAUUACCGACACCCCAGAAAUUGUGCUGGCCAAGACUAAUGCCCUGACAAUGAACAAGCGUUUAUACACGGAAGCUUGGGAUGCCGACAAAACUUCCAUCCACGUGAUGCCAGACACCCCAGAAAUAUUGCUAGCCAAGAGCAAUUCAGUCAAUGUCAGCCAAAAACUUUACACCAAGGGAUGGGAUGAAUCAAAGAUGAAGGACUACGAUAUGAAAGCUGAUGCUAUUUCCAUCAAAAGCGCCAAGGCCUCAAGGGACAUUGCCAGUGACUACAAAUACAAAGAAGCAUAUGAAAAACAGAAAGGCCACCACAUUGGAGCCCAGAGCGUUGAAGAUGACCCCAAGAUUAUGUGUGCUAUACAUGCAGGGAAGAUUCAAAGUGAAAGAGAGUAUAAGAAGGACUUUGAGAAGUGGAAGACCAAGUUCAGCAGCCCAGUGGACAUGUUAGGCAUCUUGUUGGCCAAGAAAUGUCAGACUCUAGUCAGCGACAUUGAUUACCGAAAUUACCUGCAUCACUGGACAUGCUUACCUGAUCAAAAUGAUGUCAUCCAAGCAAGGAAGGCCUAUGAACUGCAGAGUGAUAGUGUGUAUAAAGCAGACAUGGAGUGGCUGCGUGGCAUCGGCUGGAUGCCAGAAGGCUCAGUCGAAAUGACCAGGGUGAAGGGUGCUCAAGACCUGCUGAAUGAAAGGCUCUAUAGGACGCGACCGGAAGCCUUGAAAUUCACUAGCAUUGUGGACACUCCAGAAAUUGUCCUGGCGAAAGCCAAUUCUCUGCAAAUCAGUGAGAAACUGUACCAAGAAGACUGGAAUAAAGAUAAAACCAACAUCAACAUUCCUUCUGACACGCCAGUCAUGCUACAGGCCCAAAUCAAUGCCUUGCAAAUCAGCAAUAAACUCUAUCAGAAAGACUGGAAUGAGGCCAAGCAGAAAGGCUAUGACUUAAGAGCAGACGCCAUUGAAAUCAAGCAUGCCAAAGCCUCCAGAGAAAUCGCCAGUGAGUACAAAUACAAAGAAGGUUACCGCAAGCAACUGGGCCACCAUGUGGGUUUCCGCAGCCUACAAGAUGACCCCAAAUUGGUAUGGUCUAUCCAUGCUGCCAAGAUCCAGAGUGACAGAGAAUACAAGAAAGCUUAUGAGAAGUCUAAAGGAAUCCACCAGUCACCGUUGGACAUGAUGUCAAUUGUUCAAGCCAAGAAAAGCCAGGUCCUGGCUAGUGACAUUGAUUAUCGCAAUUAUCUGCACCAGUGGAUAUGCCUGCCAGAUCAAAAUGAUGUUAUCCAGGCUAAGAAGGCCUAUGAACUGCAGAGCGAUAACGUGUACAAAUCAGACCUGGAAUGGAUGAAGGGUAUUGGAUGGUUACCAGAGGGUUCUGUGGAAGUGGAGAGAGUGAAGAAUGCCCAAAACCUCCUGAAUGAAAGGUUGUAUCGUAUAAGACCCGAGGCCCUCAAGUUCACCAGCAUAGUUGAUACUCCUGAAGUCAUCCUCGCAAAGAUCAAUGCUCUACAGAUCAGUGAGCCACUGUAUCGUGAUGCCUGGGACAAAGAGAAGACUAAUGUGAAUGUGCCAGCUGACACUCCGGUGAUGCUACAGUCUAAAAUCAACGCCAUGCAGAUCAGCAACAAACACUAUCAGCAAGCUUGGGAAGACAUCAAGAUGACAGGUUAUGACCUGCGAGCUGAUGCCAUUGGGAUCCAGCAUGCCAGGGCUUCCAGGGAUAUUGCUAGUGAUUAUCUAUAUAAAACUGCUUAUGAGAAACAGAAAGGCCAUUACAUUGGAUGUCGCAACGCCAAGGAAGACCCUAAACUGUCCUGGGCAGCAAAUGUGUUGAAGAUGCAGAACGACAGGCUGUACAAAAAGGCCUACAAUGACAGCAAGGCCAAGAUCUCCAUCCCAGGGGACAUGGUGUCCAUCAGUGCCGCCAAAGAAGGCCAGGCGCUAGCAAGCAACAUGGACUACCGCCAGUACCUGCACCACUGGUCUUGCUUGCCUGACCAGAAUGAUGUGAUCCAAGCCAGGAAAGCAUAUGACCUGCAGAGUGAUGCCAUCUACAAGGCUGACUUGGAAUGGAUGCGUGGCAUUGGCUGGUUGCCUGAUGGGUCCCCCGAAGUACUGAGAGUCAAAAAUGCCCAGGAGAUCCUGCGAGACAGUGUCUAUCGAACACCUGUGGUGAAACUCAAGUACACUAGUAUUGUUGACACACCUGAAGUUGUUCUUGCUAAAUCAAAUGCUGAAAAUAUUAGUAUUCCAAAGUACAGAGAAGUUUGGGACAAGGACAAAACUUCCAUCCACAUAAUGCCAGAUACUCCAGAAAUUAAUCUUGCCAGAGCCAACGCUCUUAAUGUGAGCAAUAAAAUUUACCGUGAAGACUGGGAUGAAAUGAAGACGAGCUGUGACGUGCGGCUGGAUGCCAUCCCCAUCCAGGCUGCCAAGGCCUCCAGGGAGAUUGCCAGUGAUUAUAAAUACAAGCUUGACCACGAGAAGCAGAAGGGCCACUACGUGGGCACCCUCACGGCCAGGGAUGACAACAGGAUCCGGUGGGCCCUCGUCGCUGGCAAGAUUCAGAAUGAAAGAGAGUACCGGCUGCAGUGGGCCAAAUGGAAGACUAAGUUCCAAAGCCCAGUGGAUAUGCUUUCCGUCUUGCAUUCCAAAAAUAGCCAGAAUCUGGUCAGCAAUAUCGAUUAUCACAAUUACUUACACCAGUGGACAUGCCUACCUGACCAGAAUGAUGUCAUUCAGGCCAAGAGAGCCUAUGAGCUGCAAAGUGAUGCUAUUUACAAGUCCGACUUGGAAUGGUUACGUGGGAUUGGCUGGAUGCCAAAUGAUUCCGUUUCCGUCAACCAUGCCAAAUAUGCUUCGGAUAUCUUCAGUGAGAGUAAAUAUCGCACAAAAAUAGAAACCCUGAACUUUACUCCUGUGGAUGACAGAGUUGAUUAUGUGACAGCGAAACAAAGUGGUGAGAUCCUGAAUGAUAUUAAAUACCGGAAAGAUUGGAAUGACACCAAAUCAAAGUACACCCUCACAGAAACACCCCUGCUGCACACUGCUCAGGAGGCAGCCCGGAUACUGGACCAGUACCUCUACAAGGAAGGCUGGGAGAAACAAAAAGCCACAGGUUACAUUUUGCCUCCGGAUGCUGUGCCGUUUGUUCAUGCCCAUCACUCUAGUGAUGUUCAGAGCGAGCUAAAAUACAAAGCCGAACACGUAAAACAAAAAGGUCAUUAUGUUGGUGUUCCGACGAUGAGAGAUGAUCCUAAACUGGUUUGGUUUGAGCACGCGGGCCAGAUCCAGAACGACAGACUAUACAAAGAGGACUAUCAUAAAACAAAAGCCAAAAUCAAUAUACCUGGGGACAUGGUGUCAGUGGUGGCCGCCAAGCAGGGGCAGGACCUUGUCAGUGAUAUUGAUUAUCGCAAUAUCCUGCACCAGUGGACCUGUCAUCCUGACCAAAAUGAUGUUAUUCAGGCAAGAAAGGCCUAUGACCUGCAGAGCGAUAAUGUCUACAAAGCUGACCUGGAGUGGCUCAAAGGCAUUGGCUGGAUCCCCCUGGAUUCUGUGGAGCAUGUGAGGGUUACACAAAACCAAGAACUGGUGAAUCAGGUAAAAUAUAAGAAAGCUGCUCUUGACAACUAUUCUAACUUUACAUGUGUGGAAGACACUCCGGAGAUUGUGUUGGCCAAGUUUAACUCAGUCAAUCAAAGUGAUAUAAAAUAUAAAGAAACGUUUAAUAAAUUAUUGAAGGGCAAAUACACAUUUUCUCCAGAUACACCAUACAUCACCCACUCCAAAGAAAUGGAAAAACUCUACAGUACCAUACUGUAUAAAGGGGCGUGGGAGGGAACCAAGGCCUAUGGCUACACCUUGGAUGAACGCUACAUUCCCAUCGUGGGAGCCAAGCACGCCGACUAUGUGAACAGCGAGCUUAAAUACAAAGAGACAUUUGAGAAGCAGAAGGGCCACUACCUGGCUGGGAAAGAAAUCAGUGAGUUCCCUGGUGUGGUUCACUGUCUGGAUUUCCAGAAGAUGAGUAGCGCGCUGAACUACAGAAAAAAUUAUGAAGACACCAAAGCAAAUAUUCAUAUCCCCAAUGAUAUGAUGAAUCACGUGCUGGCUAAAAAAUGCCAGUACAUCCUCAGUGACCUAGAGUACCGACACUACUUCCACCAGUGGACACCUCUUCUAGAAGAACCCAAUGUUAUACGGGCCCGGAACGCACAGGAGAUCUUGAGUGAUAAUGUGUAUAAAGAUGACUUAAAUUGGCUGAAAGGCAUUGGAUGCUACGUUUGGGAUACACCCCAGAUCCUCCAGGCCAAGAAAUCAUAUGAACUGCAGAGUCAGCUACAAUACACUGCAGCAGCUAAAGAAAAUCUACCAAAUUAUAAUUUGAUCACAGAUACACCAAUUCACGUGACUGCUCUUCAAAGUUACAUUAAUGCCAGUGAGGUGAAAUAUAAAGAAAAUUAUCACCAGAUGAAGGACAAAUAUACGACAGUUCUAGAAACAGUGGAUUAUGACAGGACCAAGAACCUCAAGGAUCUUUACAGCAGUAAUGUGUACAAGGAGGCCUGGGAUAAAGUGAAAGCCACCAGCUACAUCCUGCCUUCCAGCACCAUGUCCCUGAAACACGCCCAGAACCAGAAGCAUCUGGCGAGCAAUAUCAAAUAUCGGGAAGAAUAUGAAAAGUUCAAAGCUCUUUAUACUUUACCAAGAAGUGUUGAGGAUGAUCCAAAUACAGCACGAUGUCUCCGAGUUGGCAAGUUUAACAUCGAUCGCCUGUACAAGUCAGUUUAUGAGAAGAACAAGAUGAAAAUCCACAUGGUGCCCGACAUGGUAGAAAUGGUGACUGCUAAGGAUUCGCAGAAGAAAGUCAGUGAGGUUGAUUACCGCGUUCACCUCCAUGAGUGGAUUUGCCAUCCCGACUUGCAAGUCAACAGUCACGUCAGGAAAGUCACAGAUCAGAUCAGCGACAUUGUGUACAAGGAUGACCUCACCUGGUUGAAAGGCAUUGGUUGCUAUGUCUGGGACACUCCUGAAAUUCUCCAUGCCAAACACGCUUAUGAUCUACGCAAUGAUAUCAAGUAUAAAGCUCAUGUGCAGAAAACAAGGAAUAACUACAAGUUGGUCACUGAUACUCCAGUCUAUGUUCAGGCUGUCCAAAGUGGGAAACAGCUAAGUGAUGUUGUGUACCACCACGAUUAUAUACACAGCAUCAGAGGCAAAGUGGCUCCAACGACAAAAACCGUGGAUCUGGACCGGGCCCUUCAUGCGUACAAGCUCCAGAGUGAGAAUCUGUACCGAGGACCUGGCCUGCGCUCCCUGCCCACUGGGUAUAGGCUUCCAGUCGACACCCCUAACUUCAAACACUCCAAGAACGCCCAAUACAUGAGCAGUUAUUUCAAGUACAAAGAAGUUUAUGAACACAUCAAGGCAAAUGGGUAUACACUUGGCCCCAAUGAUGUUCCAUUUGUUAAUGUCCGGAGGGUCAACAACGUUACCAGUGAGAGGCUGUACCGACAACUGUACCACAAACUGAAAGACAAGAUUCACACGACCCCUGACACGCCUGAAAUCCGACAAGUCAAGAAGACACAAGAGGCUGUCAGUGAGUUGAUCUACAAAUCAGACUUCUUCAAGAUGCAGGGCCACAUGAUCUCACUGCCGUACACACCCCAAGUGAUCCAUUGCCGCCACGUGGGAGACAUCACCAGUGAUAUUAAAUACAAAGAAGACUUGCAGAUUCUGAAGGGACUGGGCUGCUUCCUGUAUGACACACCCGACAUGGUCCGCUCCCGGCACCUGCGGAAGCUCUGGUCUAAUUACCUGUACACUGAUAAUGCACGGAAGAUGCGAGACAAAUACAAAGUGGUGCUUGACACUCCAGAAUAUAGAAAAGUGCAGGAACUGAAGACACAUCUGAGUGAGCUGGUAUACAGAGCUGCAGGCAAGAAACAGAAGUCCAUCUUCACGCCAGUUCCUGAUACUCCUGAUUUGUUAAGAGCCAAGCAAGGACAAAAGAUUCAGAGUCAGUAUCUGUAUGUGGAGCUUGCCACCAAAGAGCGACCCCAUCAUCAUGCUGGAAACCAGACCACAGCCUUGAAGCAUGCUAAGGACGUGAAGGACAUGGUCAGUGAGAACAAGUACAAGAUGCAGUAUGAAAAGAUGAAGGACAAGUACACCCCGAUUCCAGACACGCCGAUCCUCAUCAGGGCCAAGAAGGCUUACUGGAAUGCCAGUGAUCUACGCUACAAAGAAACAUUUCAAAAGACCAAAGGGAAAUACCACACUGUGAAGGAUGCUCUGGACAUUGUUUAUCAUCGCAAAGUCACAGACGACAUCAGUAAAGUGAAGUACAAGGAGAACUACAUGAGCCAGCUGGGAAUCUGGAGGUCCAUCCCUGAUCACCCAGAGAAUUUCCACCAUCGGGCAGUCACUGAUGCCGUCAGUGAUGUGAAAUACAAAGAGGAUCUGACCUGGCUUAAGGGCAUUGGUUGCUAUGCCUAUGACACCCCUGACUUCACUCUGGCUGAACAGAACAAGACUCUCUACAGCAAGUAUAAGUAUAAAGAGGUAUUUGAAAAGAUGAAGUCGAAUUUCAAGUAUGAAGCUGAUUGUCCCAUCAAUAGGCAUUUCAAGUAUGCAACUCAAUUGGUGAAUGAGAAAAAAUACAGAGCUGAUUAUGAGCAGCGGAAAGAUAAAUACCACCUGGUAGUCGAUGAGCCUAGACAUCUGCUGGCUAAGAUCGCAGGCGACCAGAUCAGUCAGAUUCAGUACAGGAAAAAAUAUGAAAAAUCUAAGGACAAAUUUACCUCAAUUGUGGACACUCCAGAACACCUGCGUACCACGAAAGUCAACAAACAGAUCAGUGAUAUACUUUAUAAGUUGGAAUACAACAAGGCCAGACCCAGAGGCUACACCACAAUCCAUGACACACCCAUGUUGCUACAUGUCAGGAAGGUCAGAGAUGAAGUCAGUGAUCUGAAAUACAAAGAAGUUUACCAAAGAAAUAAGUCCAACUGCACCAUUAAGCCAGAUGCUGUUCAUAUCAAAGCAGCCAAGGACGCCUACAAAGUCAACACCAAUCUGGACUACAAGAAGCUGUAUGAAGCCAACAAGGCCCACUGGAAGUGGAUCCCUGACCGACCGGACUUCAUCCAGGCUGCCAAGUCAUCCCUGCAGCAAAGCGAUUUUGAAUACAAAUUGGACCGAGAGUUCCUCAAAGGCUGCAAGCUUUCUGUCACCGAUGAUAAAGACAUGGUGCUGGCCCUAAGGAAUUCCUUAAUAGAAAGUGACCUGAAAUACAAAGAGAAACAUGUCAAGGAAAGAGGAAGCUGCCAUGCUGUGCCUGACACGCCUCAGAUCCUACUGGCAAAGACUGUCAGCCACCUGGUGUCCGAGAACAAGUACAAGGACCAUGUGAAGAAGCACUUGGCCCAGGGCUCGUACACAACACUGCCAGAGACCCGGGAUACCAUUCACGUCAAGAAAGUGACCAAGCAUGUCAGCGAUACAAAUUACAAAAAGAAGUUUGUCAAGGAGAAAGGGAAAUCCAACUAUUCCAUCAUGCUGGAGCCCCCAGAGGUGAAACAUGCUAUGGAGGUCGCCAAGAAGCAGAGCGACGUCGCUUACAAAAAAGAUGCCAAAGAAAACCUGCAUUAUACCACAGUGGCCGAUCGGCCAGACAUCAAGAAGGCCACGCAGGCAGCCAAACAGGCCAGCGAGGUGGAGUACAGAGCCAAACACCGGAAGGAGGGCAGCCAUGGGUUAAGCAUGCUGGGUCGUCCAGACAUUGAAAUGGCCAAGAAGGCCGCCAAGCUGAGCAGCCAGGUAACACAGAGGGGCAAGAGGCAAGGAAAAAUAGGAAUGCCAAGCAGCUCUGCCAUCAACGUGCCCUUUCUGCCACCUUCCCCUCAGUACCAGUACAAGAAGAAGUAUGAGAAGAGUAAAGGCCACUACCACACGAUCCCCGAUAACCUGGAGCAGCUUCAUCUGAAAGAGGCCACAGAAUUACAGAGUAUAAAAGAAUAUAAGAAAGACCUCGAGCUGGAAGUCAAAGGAAGAGGCCUGAAUGCCAUGGCCAAUGAGACCCCCGACUUCAUGAGGGCCCGGAAUGCGACUGAUAUUGCCAGUCAGAUUAAGUAUAAGCAAUCAGCAGAAAUGGAAAAAGCCAAUUUCACUUCUGUGGUUGAUACUCCAGAGAUCAUUCAUGCCCAGCAAGUCAAGAACCUUUCAAGCCAGAAAAAGUACAAGGAAGAUGCAGAGAAAGGCAUGUCAUAUUAUGAAACGGUUUUGGACACCCCAGAGAUGCAGAGAGUUCGGGAGAACCAAAAGAACUUCAGCCUUCUCCAAUACCAGUGUGACCUUAAAAACAGUAAAGGAAAAAUUACAGUUGUUCAAGACACGCCAGAAAUACUGCGUGUUAAAGAAAAUCAAAAGAAUUUCAGCUCGGUUUUAUACAAAGAGGACCUCUCACCAGGAACAGCAAUUGGAAAGACACCUGAGAUGAUGAGAGUGAAGCAAACGCAGGACCACAUUAGCUCGGUGAAGUAUAAGGAAGCAAUUGGACAAGGAACCCCAAUCCCUGACCUGCCGGAAGUGAAACGUGUCAAGGAGACGCAGAAGCACAUUAGCUCGGUUAUGUACAAAGAAAACUUGGGAACAGGCAUUCCAACCACUGUCACUCCUGAGAUUGAGAGGGUCAAACGCAAUCAAGAGAACUUUAGCUCGGUUUUGUACAAAGAAAAUUUGGGGAAAGGAACCCCAACACCUAUCACUCCAGAGAUUGAGAGAGUCAAACGCAAUCAAGAGAACUUUAGCUCGGUGUUAUAUAAAGAGAACCUCGGGAAAGGAAUCCCGAUUCCUAUCACUCCAGAGAUGGAGAGAGUCAAACACAAUCAAGAAAACUUUAGUUCGGUGCUAUACAAAGAAAACCUAGGGACAGGAAUUCCAGUCUCCAUCACUCCUGAGAUGCAGAGAGUCAAACACAAUCAAGAAAACAUUAGCUCGGUGUUAUACAAAGAAAACAUGGGCAAGGGAACCCCUUUACCUGUCACUCCAGAGAUGGAGAGAGUCAAACACAAUCAAGAAAAUAUUAGCUCGGUUUUGUACAAAGAAAAUGUGGGAAAAGCCACCCCAACCCCUGUCACUCCAGAGAUGCAGAGAGUCAAACGCAAUCAAGAGAACAUUAGCUCGGUAUUAUACAAAGAGAACCUGGGGAAAGCCACCCCCACAGUCUUGACUCCUGAGAUGGAAAGAGUCAAACGCAAUCAAGAAAACUUUAGCUCGGUAUUGUACAAAGAAAAUAUGAGAAAAGCAACUCCGACACCUGUCACUCCAGAGAUGGAGAGAGCUAAGCGCAACCAAGAAAACAUUAGCUCGGUUCUUUAUUCUGAUAGCUUCCGGAAACAAAUACAAGGCAAAGCUGCCUAUGUCUUGGACACGCCAGAGAUGAGACGGGUGAGGGAGACCCAACGCCACAUCUCAACGGUGAAAUAUCAUGAAGACUUUGAGAAACACAAGGGUUGCUUCACACCGGUGGUGACAGACCCUAUCACUGAACGUGUAAAGAAGAACACACAGGACUUCAGUGACAUUAGCUACCGAGGGAUUCAGAGAAAAGUGGUAGAAAUGGAACAAAAACGGAAUGACCAGGAUCAGGAGACUAUUACAGGUUUACGUGUCUGGCGUACUAAUCCUGGCUCAGUUUUUGACUAUGAUCCAGCAGAAGACAACAUUCAAUCUCGAAGCUUACACAUGAUUAACGCCCAAGUCCAGCGCCGGAGCAGGGAGCAGUCGAGGUCCGCCAGCGCGCUGAGCGUCAACGGAGGCGAGGAGAAGUCUGAGCACCUGUCCGCCUACAGCGACGGCGGCAUCUUCUUCUCCGCGACCUCAGCAGCUUACAAACAUGCAAAAACCACAGAGCUCCCACAACAACGUUCAUCUUCAGUUGCAACCCAACAGACCACGGUAUCUUCUAUCCCAUCUCACCCGUCUACUGCCGGAAAAAUCUUCCGUGCCAUGUAUGACUAUAUGGCUGCUGAUGCAGAUGAGGUGUCCUUCAAAGAUGGAGAUGCCAUUGUGAAUGUCCAAGCUAUUGACGAAGGCUGGAUGUAUGGCACUGUGCAGAGGACUGGCAGGACCGGUAUGCUGCCAGCCAACUACGUUGAAGCUAUUUAGGCAUCUCAGAGCAUCACGCCUGUCCACAGCGGCUCUCCAUGCGUUUCAGUGUAGCCGCUACUAGUACCCAAAUUCUCCAGCUGCCUAACGGUUUUUCUGUGUCAAUAUGAUUUAUGGUUGUAUCAUCCCUUAAUUUCUUUCUACAUCAACCUAUUCUUCAGUUAAAAAAAAAAGUUAGCAUCACUAAUCUGUCCAAUUAUUAAACUGGUUUACUUCAUUAUUUUUUGGACUUGCACAUGAAACAAGAGACAUUAAACCCAUAGGGUCAUUAUUUUUAAAAUUGCCAUUAUCAAAUUUUCCUUUAGGUUUUAAAAUGUUUAAUUUCAGAAUAGACAUUUUAAAAGUUUCUGCAAUGGUAUAUUAUUGUCAUCAACCCAGUGUUUCUCCAUUAUGAAAAUGUUUAACAUUAUUUCUUUUCUAAAACAAGGAUUCUGAACAUGUUAAACACAUUAGAGAAAAAUGGCACAGAUAUUCACCUUUUCCUGGCUUACUGAAUGCUGAUGCUUUUAUUUCUAAUCCAGUUCUGAAGUUAUAAAGCUGAUAGUAGAUAUAAACUGGUGAUAAGCUAGUAACUAAUAAAAUCUAUAAUUCUGCAACAAA